AGAUAGAAAACUGAAGUGAAAAAGUAUCGCUGCGAGCAGGGUUCGAACCUGCGCGGGGAAACCCCAUUGGAUUUCAAGUCCAACGCCUUAACCACUCGGCCAUCACAGCAGAUGCGUAAUCGGCGGCCAAACUUCCCCUUUAUAACAUUGCUCUCGGAAAAUGGCGGCACUUGCUGCUCUUCUCCCUGCACGAGCUGCGCUGGAGACUUAUCUUGGCUUUCUGGAAACCUCUGACUCGAAUACAGAGAAGGAGAGUAGUGUGACUCCAAAUAUCGACAGAGUCUUGCGGGGAGGCCGACAGCAGCGCCAUACGGAUGGAGGAGAGAGGAGGGAGAGAGGGGGAGGGGCUAGCUCCAGUACGACUGCUAAUGGAGAAGAGGGAGACUACGAACAGAGACUAAUGCAGCUGGAGAGACAGCUCUCAGAGCUACUGCAGAAAAGCAAGACUGCACAGAGGAAAAUACCGGGUUCCAGUAAGCCACACCCACCUGAAGUGUCAAAUUCAUCCAGUACUGAGUCAUGUGAUGAAGAUCCUCCAACUCUCCUCUCCCGUGAACCUCAGCCGUCAGCCACCACCUCUUCUUCCCAGUCACAGCUGAGAGCAGCUGGUGUCCAGGGAGAAGAGGGGAGAGAAGAGAGGAGUAGUGGGGAAGACGGUGCCGGAGAGGAGAGGUCGCACGGCUCAGUGGGACAGGAACGGGAGGAGAAAGGCGAGGAAUGAAGGUGGCGGGAAGAGGCAGAAGGGAGGUGCUGUGGUGGUGCUGAAAGAAAGUGGCGGAGAAAGGGGAGAGGGAGAGAUAGAAAAAGUCAGCUCCAUUCAGCAGGACCACCAGACGAAGACACAGCUGACUCUAGAGACUCAGAAACAGCAGGAGACCCGCCAAAGCAACACUCAACUCAAAAUGGUGUCCAGACAGUUGGAGGAAGAGUGUGAGAGAAGAACAAAAGCUGAGAAAGUUGCCUCUCGUCUGGUGGAGCACGUGAGGUCGCUGCAGACGCAGCUGGAGGAGAGCCGGAGGCAACACGAGGGAGCUGUGGUGAGGGUCGCCAGGCUGGAGGAAGAUCUGAGGAAGGAGAGGGAGAGAGGUGAGGCGAGGGAAGAGGAGGGGAAGAAGACAGAGGAGUUGCUGGCUGGGCUCCAUGGAGAGCUGGAGGCUGCGAGGCAGAGGGUGGCAGAGGGAGAGAGGAAGGUGAGGGAGAAGGAGGAGGAAGCCAGUAGGAGAGAAGCCAAGCACACUGCGGAAGUCACAGAGCUGGUGAGCCUAAGAUAAUCUAUCUACUGUUCAGUGAGAAUUUCAUGUAGAUUUUCUAUCAAAUUUUUAUCCCUCAAGCGUUUCCUGCUACUACACACAAUAAAUAAGCAUACACACACAAAGACACCUACAUACGUAGGUAGGCUUUGAUCCAUUGACAAACUAAAAACUUGUGCAAAGCAGUGCAGCAGGAAGUUUUAGUUGAUGUGUUGACUGUGUGUUGCAUGGUAUACAUGUAUAGUUGGGUAGAGUGCGAGGGGCGGAGGUUGCGUCGUUGGGCUACCAGAGAGAGACAGAGAUGGCGCAGACAUCGCUGACUGAGAUGAGAAGGCAGCUGCAGGACAUGCAGGAACUGCUGGCAACAAGAGAGAGGGACCAUCAGAAGGCUCUGCAGAACUGUAAGCCGCUGGACGGGCCAGAGGUUCGCGAAGUGGUGAGGUGUAAGGUCGAGGAUGAGAGGAGGAGGGGGGAGGAGGUCGUGGAGACACACAGACUGCGGCUGGCCGACCAGCAAAAGGCCUACCAGGCUCUCGAAGAUGAGUUCAGGAUGGCACUACGAAUUGAGGCCUCGCGCUAUCAGGAGCUGAGGCAGAGUUUUGAGGCUGUGCAGGCUCAAGUGGAGGGAUAUCAAACUGCGGCUGAGUCGGCUCUGAGGAAGGAGCAGAAGGCGACGGCCAUGGUGGUUGAACUGACUGCUAUUGUGAGGGAGCAGAGAGGGAGGCUGGCCGAGCUGACUAGAGCCAGGCAGGACACCACCAAGGAACUGAAGGAGAGGGUUGGUGAGUUGGAGGCUGAGGUGCGGGAGAAACACAAGUUAGAAGUCAGAGUACAACCCCUGAUUGAGGAGAACGCUAGUCUCAGUUCCCAGCUGUCGGCACAGGGCUCAGUGAUGGACGGGCUCCGAGGAGAGAGGGAGCUGUGGAGCCGAGAACUGGCCCAGCAGGGGGCGGAGCUUGCGCAGGAUCGCGGCCGAAUGGAGGCUCAGAUUGAGGCCCUCACCAGCGAAACUGCCUUACUCAGAGAGGAACUGCAACAUGCUAGAGAUGCAGUGAGAGUGAAAGAGAAGGUGAUGGCGGACCAGCAGGCCUCCAUAUCACAGCUGAAGGAGGCGCUGGUUGCGAGGGAGAGGGAGGGAGAGGAGGCCCGGGAGGACUGGGAACAUGAACAACAGUCUCUCCAACUGCAGCUGGAUCAGGAACAAGAGUCUUCAGCCCACUUACAGGAUGAGCUGUUGGCAGCAGUGGAGAGGAAGGCACAGCUGAAAGAAGAGCUGGCAGCUGUCAAAGACGAGCUUGCCCAGUCCAAGGAAAAGUACAGCAAGCUGCGUGGAGAGUGGGAGGAGAGGGUUAAAGUCAUUGGGAGCCUGGAGGAGAGUCUGGCAAAGGUUCAGAGCACCUUCUCUGAGAGCGAGAGAGGUCUGGUGAGGGAGAAAGAGGAGGCAAGCCAGAGAGCCAGUCUGGCUGAAGAGGGACUGAGGGAGUGUGAGGCCGCUAGUAGGCAACAGCUGGAGGCUCAGAAGGCAUCACAUGAGAGUCAUGUGACCCAGCUGACCAAGAGGAAAGACCAACAGAUUGAGGCAGCUCAGCAGAAGGUGAGGGAGACUGAGGAGGAGAUGAGGCAGCUACUGGUGGAGGUGGCGAAGGAGAAGAGGGCCAUGGAGACCAGAGCCCAGCGCCUGUCUCUAGCUCUCCAGCAACUACAGCAAGACUUCUCCCACUAACCAUCACCAGCUACAGAAAGACUUGCAUUCACCAUUAUCAUCUGAAACUCUACCCUCUCUUUAACAGUACCGCGCAUGAGCAGUGCGCCGAGGGUUUUGCACCAAAAAUGAAGGUUCAGAGCACCAAAAUAGAAUUAGGAAGCAAAACUCGUGAGCUGCUUUUCUUUAUGCAAGGCA